AUGGCACGUGCGUCCCCGUUGCACGCUCGCCCCGCCGGCCAGAGCAAGCGCCGCGCGUCCACCAUAACGCCGCCCAAUUCUCCUCGAAACGGGCCUCGCGUGGGCGCAUUGGUGCUCUUCUCGGCCAUUGGCCUCUACGCCUUGGGCUUCGUGGUCUGGGGCUUGAGUGUGAGCGGCUCCUUCAGCGUCGCACUGUCGUCCUCGGACUCGGACAAUGGCGCGGACGUGCGACUGAGUCCGCUGCUGGUCAGGCAACUGAGGCGGCGACAGAGGGCAGAGAACGGCAAUCAGAUCGCCGACAUCGCGACGGACACGCACUGGAUGGAGCAGCUACUGGACGCCGGCAGCAGACCGCCGGACUUGCGCUGCGUGGGCUGGAGACAGACGGACAGUUGCGACCUCCAGGAGACAGAAGUGCCCACGAAGAACAGAGGCUGCGACCAGUUCGUGCGCGGCGGAGUGGGCGGCUAUUGCCUCAUGGAGGACGAGGCUACAGGCCAGCAGAUCCAGGUCAUGCACACGGCGUGUGAUACGCUGCACUCGAGCGUGAUGCUCAGUUGUCGACAUGCCGGAGACUUUGUGGAUUUCCAGUGGGAAGUGGCGAAAUUGGCGGCGGCGAUUAAACGGGAGAAGGAGGCGGAAGAUAGCGGAGACAGUGCUGCUGGCUCGACUGCUGCGGCCCCGAAAGAGGGAAUUGUGAUGGUGAUUUACCCCAAACUGCUUGUGAGCGCGUAUGCAUCGAUUCGAGCGUUGCGUGCGGUGAAUUGCACUCUUCCGGUGGAGUUGUGGUACAUUGAGUCGGAAAUGACAUCUGGGGUCGCACUGCUGGAUGAUGUUCCCAAGAAACUGCAAGAAGCGUAUGGCCCGCUGACACUGCACCCGAUCACAGACCCGAGAGUAGCUGGCUUCAACUCGAAGGUGUACGCAAUUACGCACACCGAGCUUGACCACGUGCUGUUUCUGGACGCAGACAACGUUCCUGUGAGGGACCCGAGCUAUCUGUUCACGACGCCCGAGUUCAAGCAGACUGGUGCUGUCUUCUGGCCAGACUUCUGGCAUCCAGCCCACACGAUUUUCAACAUCAACAACGAUUCAUUGUUGUGGGAGCUGCUGGGUAUGGAGCAUGUGGACAUGUUCGAACAGGAGAGCGGCCAGCUAGUGAUCGACAAGACACGGAGCUCAGCAGCCUUGCGGAUGCUGGCGCUCUUCGCCUUCCACGACCCCAACCUCUUCUCGCGGUACAAGUUGGCGCACGGAGACAAGGACCUCUUCCGUCUCGCGUGGCUCAAGACCAAGACCCCGUUCCACAUGGUCGCCAACCCGCCUGGAAUUGCAGGCACAGUGCGCGGUACCAAGUUCUGCGGCAUGUCGAUGGUGCAGUUCGACACGGAUGGGGAAGUGGUCUUCCUACACCGCAACGCGAAGAAGCUGACGGGCGGUCUGAGCGCAAGUUGCAAGCCCGACGAGAAGAUUUGGACGCACCUGCAGCGCUUCCGGUAUCGGGCUGCGUCUCCUCACGCGCUGGAGGUGGAGGCGGCCUUCGAGGCCUCCAAACCGACGCUACCGCCCCACGACAAGGUCGACAGUGGGCGCGUGUCCGUAGGAAACCUGAACAUGCCGUACAAGUUCCUGCGCCAAAAGUACUCGGUCCAGAUCUUCAACGGAGCCCCCGAGUUCGACGAGACCCAGUGGUGCUACGGCCAGUCGCAGCUCACGGCGCCCAGGUACAAGACCAUUGCAUGGGAAGACACGGCAUUUCCACUGGUGGAGCGAGAUCUACUGCAGUACGCGGGUGAAGCUGUGGCGCUGCUGCCGCCGUCGGCAGUGGAGCACAUUGUGCAAAGCGACCGCGAGGAGGCAAGUUGA